AUGGACAGAAAUUACCCGGGAAAUAUAUAUUCACGCUCUAGUUCUAGGGGGACAUCUUUAGGUCUCGGAACUUCCACUUCGCCUGCCAUUAGCGUGGCAGGACCAAGUGGCAGUAAUCUAAAUGAUCCUAUGUUAACAGGGAUCACCAACGGGGAGUAUCAAACAUCGCCAUCGAACACGACUAUGGGGAUUCCACUGACGCUGGACAGAAUUCAAACAUUGAUUAGUACUUGCAAAAACAUCGGUAGUGGGUGUGCCGCUUCAAAUUUUGAUUUAUUAGAGCAGGCAGUACAAAAGGCGUUCUCCAAUUGGUCGAUAUUGAAUGAAAGUUUCAGUAAUGGGCGACCCAUCACAGUAGAAGAUUGUGGGGUUGCAUUGGACCAAGUUAGAGAAGCGUAUCGGAUUUUGUUGGAAUUGCCUGUGAGUGUUAUAAGAGCGAUGAUGAAGUCAAUUGAAUCCAUAUUGAAACGUCCCGGAAGAUUAGCAAAACAACAACGAAGUAUUAGCCCGGGCUCCUCACUAGCAUAUGAGACAGAUUGGCGGAUUAGUUCUGCCGCACGGGUUAUGGCAUUGUUAUUUGCGGCCAACAAAAAACAAAGUAAAAUCCCUCUUUCUGAAUUUUACAAUACCAUGGUAGAUUAUAUUCCAUUAAUAUCCGAUUUCGACACAUGGGAACAACGUUCUGGAAAAUUUGCCUUCUGCCAAUAUCCAUUCUUGAUAAGUAUGGGUGGUAAAAUGCAAAUAAUGGAGUUUGAUGCGAGGAGACAGAUGGAGACUAAAGCAAAGGAAGCAUUUCUAAAGAUAAUUAUUCAGAAAUGCAUGACCGCGCCUCAAUUAACCUUACGAGUCCGGAGGAAUAAUCUAAUUGACGAUUCAUUGAACCUAAUUGCUGCAAACGAAACGGAUCUUAAAAAGUCAUUAAGAAUAGAGUUUGUCGGUGAGGAUGGAGUAGACGCUGGUGGACUCGCAAUUUAUAAUUCUAUUAUAUUGGACGUACAUUUUCCCUUGGCGUGUUAUAAAAAGUUGUUUAAUGUCGCCGUCACGUUAGAAGAUCUGAAAGUAUUGCGUCCGGCAUUUGCACGGGGAUUGGAACAACUUCUCACGUUCGAGGGUGACGUGGAAUCAACCUUUUGCAGAGAUUUUGUUGGGGAAUACGUUGCAUUCGAUGAGAUAAUAAGAAUCCCUUUGUUACCUAAUGGACAAAAUCAACCAGUCACAAAUGAGAAUAGGGAUGAAUAUGUCCGGAGAUACGUGAACUUUAUAUUGAACGAUUCGGUGGCAAAACAGUUUGUUCCAUUCAAACGCGGGUUUGAAAAAGUUUGUGGUGGCAAUGCAUUAUCGCUCUUUCAACCCGAAGAAAUUGAAUUGUUGGUUCGAGGUAGUGCAGAACCUCUUGAAAUUGAACAGCUUCGCGCAGUUACAAAAUAUGAGGGUUUCCGAGAGGAUGAGAAAUUUAUCCAAAAUUUCUGGUCAAUCUUUAAACUAAUGAACCCCAUAAUGCAACGCAAACUACUGACAUUCGUGACAGGCACAGAUAGGAUUCCUGCGACUGGAUCUGCGAAUAUGUCAUUUAAAAUUUCCUGUAUUGGUGAAGAUAGUGAAAGGUUCCCAAUUGCACAUACAUGUUUUAAUCAAUUAUGCUUGUAUCGCUACAGCUCAAAAAAGAAGUUGGAAGAAAAAUUGACGACAGCUAUAACAGAAAGCGAAGGCUUUGGGUUGAAGUAUCGCGCUCCAGAAGUGUUGCUUCGAUCCAAUUCUUACUCGUCUCCAAUAGACAUAUGGGCAGUAGGUACCAUGAUGGCAGAACUGUUUACUCUUGAGCCAUUGUUCCCGGGGAAAAGUGAAAUAGAUCAAUUGCACAAAAUUUCCGGGGUAUUAGGCAGUCCGUGUGCUCAUGCGGAGCACGCUGCGCAAUACUGCGGAGUCGGUGGAGAAUGGAAAGAAGGCAUCAAAUUAGCCAAGUCACUAGGGUUCUCUUUUUCACCGAUACAACCCAAGCCUCUUGCCAAGUUAUUUCCUCCCGAAACUCCGCCUCUUUUUCUUGAAUUUCUCGCAAGUCUGCUGCGAUAUGAUCCAUGUCAACGCCCCUGUGCGUUGGAUGCCCUUAAACAUCCUUAUUUUACCGAGAAUGACUUGUUGUUUCUGCCACCGAAUAAACCCGAGGAUGUUAGAGUUUUAAGAGAAUUGAAGAAAAAACAGAGAAGUGAUAAAUUCUUUCUGUUUAGAAGGAAUGGGAGUUCGGUUCCAAAAGAUAAAAAAAAUAGUAGACAAUAUUCUUGGAGCAAAGAAACUGAUCAACAAAACAAUGAAAUUGAACCUCACGCAAUCCCAUUUAGUUUACCACCUUUGGAUAUCGCAGCUGCUAAUGUUUCUAGAAAUAAAAAUCUUACGCUCCCAUCAAUUGGAUCUAUUGGUCCAUUCUUAACUGAGGAACCUAUGAUAGAACAAAUUAUCAACCAUCGCUUAGACUUUUAG